CCUCGGCCAUCUGGUCGACUUUUGGUAGUAACGUCGUCCCCCGCAAUUGUUGGAGCUCGUCGUUACUGCAUCCAAACAUUGUACCUCACACGACUACAUCAACUCGACACCUCGAUAAGAGUCGAAAGCACCGCGCCUGCGCUUGCAACUCCAUCCGCUUCUCUUCAAACUUUACCAUUGUUCUUUUGGGCGCAUCCGAGUUGCCCGACGGACAUUCUCUUGGCGUCUCAUUUUGAGCUCUAUCACGACCUCGUUCGCUCUUCCCUCUCCACUAUCUUCACGCAACACCGCGCCAACCCAUCGCGCUAAACCAACGCGAUGCCCGACUUCCUAACGUCCCAAGUGGCCAUGACGGCCGGGCCCCUUGUGCUGGAGACCUUCCUCAAGCACUACCUGACCCCCAGGAAGUACCGCAAGGACCGCAACGGCAAGGACACGGCCAGGGUGGAAUUCAUGUACGAUGAAGCCUUCAAUGUGCUAAAGAACUUCCUGGAUAUCUCCACGCAUCACACCGUAACGGCUCUGCAAGAGCUGAGUCAAACGCGAACUCCAUCACCGCCAUGGGUGGCCGUUCACCGGUGUUCGAUCCCUCACACGACACUGUCUCAGGCUGCAGACUACCUGGUGGAGGGCUUUGGCGGAGAGGAAAUGGCCUACAGGGUUGCAGGUGGAGUCAAGUGGUGGCAAGUCCGUGCGGGAAAGGGUGUCGAAGCAGAGUGGAUCGCUAUGCGCAGCGAGUACAAGGAGGCGGUUGAGCUCGACCACAAGAAGAAGUCGGCGGCUAAAUCGGAGGGGGACGACGAUGAGUUCCUUCCCGAGAUGGACCGGCUUCGCUGUAUCCUGUACAGUGAGUUCCUUUCUGGCCUGGGCGACAGAGACGGAAAGCUAAUCGACUCAGUUCACGGCGGCGCCUACUACUGGGGCUCCAUCAACACCCAUCGUUAUUCUAUCUGGCGCUACGCUCGCAAGAUCAAUGGGCGCUGCUUUGCCGUAAACUACCGCAAGGCCCCGCAGUACCCUUUCCCCUGCGCCAUUCAAGACUGUCUGGCCGCAUGGCUCUACCUCGUCGACCCACCACCAGGUGCAGAGCACAAGCCAGUCGACCCCAAGAACAUUGUCAUUGCAGGCGACUCGGCAGGCGGAGGCUUGGUCCUUGCGUUGCUGCAGAUUCUUCGUGACGUCCAAGGUCUCGAUCUGCCUGCGGGCGCUGCGUUGAUCAGCCCGUGGUCCGAUCUUACCCACAGCUUUCCCAGCAUUCUACAGAACACCGCCACUGAUGUUGUUCCGCCCUACAGUUUCAUUCACAAACCCUCAUCUCUGUGGCCACCUCCACCCCCAGCCCUCACGGAGGAGAUGCAGCAUGGUAUCAGCCUGAAGGUCAAGGAGGCCGUCUCGAAACUCCGAGGGUCGCAGGCCAAACCUACGGAGCGCGCGAAGCAUUUGGACACGGGGCGUCAAACACCCCUCUCCCGACAGGUGUCUUCGACCGGAUCUAUCCAUACCGCCGACCCCGAUGCUCCAGGCAAACUGAAAGCCUUCUUCCAACAGAACAGAGCACUGUUGGAGGGAGAUAAGGAGCUGAAGUCGAAUGCGUCCCGUGCAAAUCCCGCGGCGCCUUGGGAUCAUCUCGCCUCACGCUCCACCGAAGGCGAUGUGGCUGGUCGCGAUGCUUCCACUCUUGCUCAGUGUGCCGACCCGCUGCGAGUGCAGGUGGGCAAGGACACAAUUGCUCUCGACACGCAGGUUCAGCUAUAUGCCACCAACGCCCAGCUGUGCCACCCAUGGGUAUCUCCUGUGCUGGGCUAUCUCGGAGGUCUUCCUCCGCUGUACGUCAUGUGCGGCGACAAUGAGGUGUUGCGCGACGAAAUCAUCUACCUGGCACACAAAGCAGCGCAUCCCGAAAAGCACCCAGUUCGGGAGGACGUCAAGAAACUGCUUCCCUCGCUUCAGGGCAUUGAGGACAAGUACGGGCCGACGGAUGUGCAUCUUCAAGUGUAUGACGGCGUCGGCCACGACCUGCCACUAUUCUCCAUGACAAAACCAGCCCGUGGCACCUACCGUGCCAUCGCCACGUUCGUGCGAAGAGUCACGCCUCGCAACAGAGCAUCUUCCUCUCCUGUCACCACCUCGGGUGAUGUUACGCCGGAGGGCGAGCGCCGGUUCUUCAAUGGCACUGAGGAAGUGGACUCACCGCAAGUCGCCACCGACAGCUCAACCCCUGCCAACGCUCCCUUUGCCGCCGAGGCUUCGGCUACGCAACAACAGGCUAUUCCUGGAGAUGACUUGGCUCGUCAGCUUGAAGACCUAUCCACUCAGGACACAGCAGGUCGCACCGAUCGCAGGUCCAAAAGAACGUCUAUCAUGAUGCCUGCUUUAAAACCCGUGGAUACGUCGUCUGCAACCUCGCCGUUGUCUCCUUCGCCCCUGUCCGCUACGUCGCGCCGAUCUGUCUGGAGACAUUCGACGUUCUUUGCCGGCUCGGGUACCGCGACGCCCGCUGACAAGGCGGCUCCCGUCAAGGAGGUUCCUGCCAAUGUUGCAGGACCGCGCUUUGAGCUCCAAAAGGGCAAGCGGGAGAAGGCCAAGCCGGGUGAGGCGGGCUACAGUGGAGUGUAUGCCGGUGCGAACCCAUUCACGGACCACAUGAUUCGCGAGCGCGUCGACUUUGAUGGCGUGUGUCGCCCGUUGGAGCCUGAAUCCGAGCUGGGUGCGAUGACGAUGCCCGCGGACGAGAUCGGCAUGAUCAAGGCUGGUCCUGCUCUGCGAUAUGCGGAGGGCCAGUCCAUCUGGGAUCACAAAUAUCGCCGUCAAAGGAGGAAGGUGGCGAAGCGCCGUGAACACAACCUGGCCACCGCGAAAAGCCGCGAUCUCAGUCACAUCCUGAAGCACUGGGAAAACCGUGCUUCCCAACUGACGCCUGAGGAGCUUGCUGCCAUUCGCAAGGAUGCCGAAGAGAGCUCUCGGUCUCGUCAAGCUGCCAGCACAUCUGCUGAGGUCGAGAGUGAUACCAGCCCGGGUAGCUCCUCGGAUGAACCGGGAGGCCACGCCGUACACCGAGCGUCCACGGUGCCCGAUGAAACCUGGUAUUGGCAAUGGGCACUGCAUAACGAGGCCCCUCCUCCCAGUGCAAUUGUCAGCAGGCGCGAUCUGCCUGAAGGGCGAAAGCUGGCUCUUAUGGCCGAUCGCAUUGAGUCGAAGGACGGCUCCGGGUCGUUCACGCUUCCAAUCUGGGUGGCUCUUAACUCGUUCUUCUCAGACGCAUCUGAUCGCAAGAAGGUACACGACGGCAUGCGCAAUGCAAAGAAGGCGGCGGAUGCUAAGCACGGUAGCAAGACAGAAGCCUAGAGCGUGCAUUAAGUCUAUGAACAGUGGCUCCGGGGCUCUGGGGGCGAUGAGGAUAUGGACUUGGAGUGAAUGAGCCACAGCGGCGUGGCCGUGAGAAGUAUGUAAUGCAAGUAGUGAUGAAGAUGACUUGACUAGCGCUUGCUCUUCUUUGCGUCCUCGGCUUCCUUGAUCCAGCGCUUGGGAAUGCCACGAAUAAGGAGGGCCUCGGUGACGAGCUUGAUCUGCGAGCCCUGAACGAGCACCUCUUUGAGGUUGAGCUUGGGCGACGCGCCGGUAAGCGGCUGGACACUGGCACUUCCAGCGCAGACGCGACGCAGCUCGUCGGCAAAGUCGUCAAUGUCGACGCCAAAGCUCUCGAGGCCGGAAAUGAGGGUGACCUGCUUGCGGCCCUGGCGCGUCUUGACGGACAUGAUGAUGGGGUUGAGCGUGCCCUUCCUGCGGUCGUCAGUGGCACUAAACCUUUGGUUACCCACUUGACCACGCCGCCGACUGACACGGCCCAGGUCACGCCCGCGCGCAGCCGCCUAACAGCCUCAUCGCGUACGAGCGUGUCCCCGCUCUUGAAGCCCUUGCCGCCAAUGGCGGACGCCAGCGUGUCGUCGAGCACGAUGGUGCGGUGGUCCUUGCCGUCGAUGAGCUUGUGCUUGGUGAUGUAGUCGUCAAACGUGGGCUUGAUGACCGCGGGACGGUUGAGCGAGCCCUGCCUGUGGGAUUAGCGCAUUCAGGAGAGACCACUCACUCGAU